AGCUAAAGGCAAUUGUAAUAGCUAAAAUAAGCUUAAGGCUUUGUUUUUAAUGAGUUUAUCGUGUUUGUAGUUGCUAUGGACGAAGCGAUGCAGUUUCAUCGCCUUUUUGUGUAGGAAAGAUCUUUAGUUGGAUGCAAAAGACUCGCGACCGGAAAUAAGUUUUCUUAAAAUUGAUUUGGGAAUUAUCACCUUGUUACCUGGAGCGUUUAUAUUCCCCUGUUCUUAUCGCUAUUAUUUUUUAGUGGUGUUGGAAAACUUGAGAUAAGGAAUUUACAUACAACUCCAGCAACUAUAAAAAUUAUUAUAUUCUUCUGAUAUAGUUUUUAUAUCCCUCAGGGUGCCUUUCUUUAACAAAACUGCAAGCUGUUUAUGUCUUGAAUUUUUAAUAAGUACAAACAAAACAUUCACGUCAGUAUAACUCAAGAAAAAGAUCCAAGAGAGAUAACAGUAAAAUAAACCUUAAAAUAAGUAGUAGAACUCCGUCAGUAAGUUUGAUAAAAACAAAUCCUAUUUUUGUUUCAGCAUGUUUAAAAAUGUAGAACAGUUAGGCCAGGAACGGAAUACUUUUGCAUAAAGUCACCUAGCACAGUAUGUCUGCGUGAGUCUUGUAAAAUAAUUGAAAAAGAGAACAAGUCACCAUGACAGAUUUGGUAGAUUUAUUAUUUCGUUAUUUUAUGUUCUUGUUUAUAUUAAACACAAACGUGUCAGCUGAAAAAUUGCGCACAAAGCUAUUUGAGGUGUCGUUUUUUAAUGAAAAUAUAAAAGAUUUGGCAGUCGUUAAGACGGUGGAGGAUGUAACAGAGAUUCAAUGUUUACAUCGUUGCAACCUUCACGCAGAUUGUGAUUCUGUAGGAUUUGAGUUGUAUGAUCAAGAAAGAGUUGGAAAAUGCUUGCUAUUCGGUAAAAAAGAUCAGGAUCAGUCAAAUCAAAGUUUUGUCUUGCCAGAGAUGGAAGGCCUGAAAAUUAUACAUAAAUCGAAUGUAAAACAUUACAAUAGUUGCAAGGCAGCCUAUAUUAAUUGGGAAAGAAAAAGUCGUGUAUAUUAUCUUAAAGAUCUCGGAUGGCAUUACUGUAAUAUGGAUGAUUUGGAGAAAUGUGGAUCAGGAGGAUGGACAUUAGCUCUUAAUGCAGAUGGUCAAAAGGGUACAUUUGAGUAUUAUUCAGACUACUGGAUAAACUCGAAAACUUACAACGUCAACGAGGCAAUAAAUGAUCCGCUUCGCAAAGAAGCAAAAUACAAAGCAUUUCUGAAUCUUCCUUUCACCUAUAUCUGCUUGGGAAUGCGUGUUGGAUCUAAUACCAAGUACAUCAAACUUGAAAAACCGUACUCGUCGUUGUCACAACUUUUCACUGAAAUCGGACAAGAUGAAAAAGAUACACACGUCGAAGAGAAAUAUUGGCGGGAAUUCAUUCCGGGCGGCACUCUCCAAACAGGAUGUGUAAAGCAGGGCUUUAACAUUGAAGCUAAAAUUGUCAGUCUUCGGCUUGGUGCGAUUGCAGGGAAGAAUCAUACUGAUUGUGGGAAGAAAGCGACAGACACAUGGAUAGGAAUUGGUGGAGAAGUAGGAUGGUGUCUGGACUCGUUACCAUUCUCAGCUGGCAACUCCUGCUGUUUGAAAACGACCUGUAAAGCAGGACCGAAUGCACAUAUUGCAGGUGUUGCUUCUUUGUAUCUACAGUAAAGCGAUACUGCAAAUGUGAGUUUAGGAUAAACUGAACAGAAGAAAACCUUAUACAAAAAUAUAUUUUUUGACUUAUGCUAACUUUGAACUUUCGUUCCGUCGCACUGAACUGAAGUGAAAUUUUUUUGCAAGUUUGUGAAACAUAAGUCUGACAUUAUAAAGGAACUUUUCAGUAAA